UACACUGCAGUGUCCAUUUAUAAUGGAAGGGACAUCGCACUUCUCCAUUUGUCGACCCCCUUGACCUUCAACACCAACAUCCAGCCGAUCUGCUAUCCAGAAUCAGACAACGUUCUGGGAACAGCCAUUUCCACUUGUGACCAGAAGAUUUACGGUUGGGGCAGAACCGAUGUCAACGAUACAGUUCCGACCACUAUCUUGCAGAAGCUGGAUGUCACUCUUACCGAGUCCACCACCGCUUGUUCGAACUUGACCGAUGGGAGAGUCAUUUGUGUGAAGGGAGAUCCUCCAUCCAGCUCAACCUGUAGCGGAGACAGUGGUGGACCUCUGGUGGUCCGAUAUGGCGGCCGAGCCUUCGUGACUGGAAUUGACUCGUACAAGUCGCACCGAUCGCCGACAAUUUGUGGGACUGGGUAUUCCGGCUACACGAGAACUGCAACAUUUUCCCCUUGGGUCGCUGGCUAUAUUAACGCCUGAAUCUCCGUUAUGUCACCAGCUGUGAAUUUCAGUAUUUGAAAUGCCGAAAUCUGCACUUUCCCUACUAUAUUCUCCUCUAAAAUAAUUUAUCCAUAGGGAUUCAAGGAAUUCUCUGCAUAAUUCCCUGCAGAAUUUCCCAAUUGAAGGAUGUAUAGAAAGGGCUUCAUCAUUGUGGAUAUCGCUUCUAGGGAAUCUUCUAAUCAUGUGUCCGCAGGGUAUUUCAGUUCGGGAUCACACCUUCGAAUUCACACUGUGCCAUCACCACACACACGGCCAUAUUUCUAGGCAUGUUACACAUUUACUUCGCAAAUUAUGGGCACUGUCCUGUGUUCACUCAUCGAAGCACUUUUCUUUCACAACUUAAAUGCACAUUUUCGGGAAAAUCGUAACAUAUAUUCACAUUCCCAUUGCAAACAUUGAAAAAAUAUCAUUGCACAUCACGUUUUUCCUGAAGAAGUUACUAAGAAAAUAAAAAAGGCU